AUGGACGGCGUACAAUACAACGUCUCGACGGGCGAGAUCUUCUGCUUUGCCGGAGACCUGCCCAAGAGGCCAGCCAAGGGAUUCAACUGCCAGAUCUACAAGCAAUGUUACUGCCCGCCGCUCGAGGCCGACGGCGACAUUGCCGGUGCCGGCGUCAUCGCGGCCUUUGUCUCGUCUGCCGUGAUAACGACGAUGGCGACGCUACUGUGUCUCAUCAUCCAGAGGCCGUCGUGCGAUCCCGACGGCAACGAGCUCCCUUCGUAUAAUCCCAUCGACCGGGUCCUCCGCCGUUCAGUGUGUCGCCCCAUGAGGUCGUGGAUGAUUCGCAAGGGCCUCAGUCCGGACGUCUGGGAGGGCUGUGCCUACGAGGUGGUGAUGGCGCUUUCGGAUCAGCAGCUCGUAACAGGACUCGCGAUCCUAAUCACCGCCAUCAUCAAGCUCGCCAAGGGCACCGUGACAGUCUACCACUUCAACAUGGCGACGGACCUGGCCUGGUUCAGCGGCAACGUGCACCUCCUGUCCCUGCUCGUCAUCCGGCAGCACAACAUCGAGAGCGUCAAGCCUGGGUCCGCGGGCCGCCGGCGCCGCAGCGAGUCGGCCCACCGCCGCAGCGAGUCGGCCCACCGCCGCAGCGAGCGCUUCACCCGCUGGCUGCGCAUCCUGCUCAUGAUCGCCCUCGCCGUCCUGCUGCUCUACGUCUACUACGUCUCGGCCUACCAGGGCUGGUACGGCGAGGUCCGCUGCCCCGUCCUCUGCACCGUCGGCAUGCCCAAGGGCGGCUCGCCACUGCACUGGAUGUGGGUCAACUUUGCCUUGAUCCUGUACAACUACCCGCUCAACAUCUUUCUCAUGUGGCGAACGGGAUCGAUAUGGUGGGUGGACAAGGUCCGACCACUCAUCUUCGACACGCCAAAGCGACCGCAGCAGGUUCAAGUCCAAGAAGCCAGGCUUCUCCAGAAUGCCGACCAACCGGAUCCCGUACCAGUCUCCAGCUCCGCAUCGAGCCGGUCAAUAGACUCGCUGCGGAGCGAGAAGGCCGCGACGACCGACGCAGCCAACGAGGCGAGACACCCGAUCAAGCCUUCGAAGGCGGGCUUCCUCGGCGCCCUGGGCCGCUUCCAGCGCCGUUUCUUCCUCGCGGUCUGGUACAUGAUCGCCUCGGAGCUGUGGCACAUUGUGGAGCUGCUGUGCUGGUUCGGCUUUGGCGUCUUCUGGCUCGUGCAGGACAGGGGGUUCGGGCAAAGUGAGAUGGAGGAGGCGCAGCGCGAGAAGGAGCAGGAGGUCGGGUUCGGGCAGCUGAUCCCCCUGAUACUGCUGGUCUUGCCCUUUAUGCAGCUGAUAGAGGCCUACACGCGGCUGUCUGACCGCAACUAUGACGAGCAGAGGGAGCGGGAUGCCGAACAUAUCCCGUUGGGCUAA